UUUCAUGUCAAACAUACGACAACGAUAUGGUGGAAAUUUGAUGCGAGAAGCGAAUUUGAUAUUGUCGCGACUAGUUGCAACUUGUCGCAAACAAUGGUUAUCUAAUAUUGCCUUGCAAUUUAUUAUUGGUAUUUUAAUUGGUAUCCUACUUGGAUUUUGUGCUAUAUUUUAUAAUGAUGAUGAAAUUUCCACCACAAUUACGCAAUCCAUUACAAUCAAUCAACCAAAACAAUUUACUUCGAUCAAUUUUGAUAUUUCAAUUCUAUCCGAUAUUCAAAUACAAUGCAUCAUAAUUAUUCAACCAAAUCAGUUAUUUAAGCAGAAAUAUAUAAAAACAUUACGCGACACAUAUACCAAACAAUGUAAUCAUACUGUUUAUAUAACAAAUUCAAAAGAGAUUAGUCGUAAUUUUGCAGAAGAGCUUAAUAUUGCAUUUGUGAAGACAAAAAAAACACAAUAUUAUUGGGAUUUUUAUCGUGAAAUUAUUAAAUAUUCCAUAAAACAUAUUCAACAACAGAAUUCAUAUUGGACAAUUAUUGGUGACGAAGAAACAUUUAUUGUUAUGACAAAUUUAAGAAAGAUAUUGUUAACAUUCAAUGAUUCGCGACAAUCGCUAAUAUUAGGACGAAUAUCAAGUGAAAGGUUAGUUUAA